AUGCCGUCGUUUUCCCUCCGCCUCUUUCAGGUGACACGGCGCGGCCGCAGAGAGCCCACAACACCAGGCCAGCGAGGGGAGGAUCCAUGGGAGCCCGGCGGUCUGCGUGGAUACACCAGGCACCGAGGACACGAGCCACCGCCAGGCUACGGCCGGUACGAUAGAACGGGCGGGGGCAUCGAGAAAGGGCUCCGCCGUCGCAUCGUCGACGAACGCUACGCAACGCAGAGCAUUGCACCGAGCGCCCAUACGGCCACACAAAAACACAAGAUGGACAGAGAUCUUUUGCACAAGACGGCCACGCGCAUCGCGCCCGCUGGCGAGACCAAGACCGAGAGUAAUGGCAACGGCAAUGGCACCGGUAAAGGUAGCGGCAGCAAGGCGGCGUCAAAUAACGACCAUGCUUCGGAAGCUGCCGCGGCCGACAACAACAACGGCAACGGACGCACGCCAAAGAAGCGCCGCAAGGUUAACCAUGGCUCGCCCCCUCUCCACAACAUGUCUACUGCUUUACUGGCUAACCCCUGCCUGCAGCUUGUGUAUAUUGCCGUCGAUCUGUAA